AUGAGUGCGUCGAUUCUACACAAGGAAAUCGAAAUAGGCCACAACGGUGUACACUACAAAGUAGUUGUAGAUGCAGAAAAGCAACAUGGUACUGUUCACAACUUAUCUGGACUAGAAAACGGUACAGAGGAACCGGAACAUCAGGAAGAACCGGGUAAAAUUGGUAUCCAUUAUGAAUUGCCUGAGAUUGAACAUUUGCACCACCACGAUGAAGAAGACAAACAUCACGGAGUAGUUAUCCACAUUGACCUGAACGGCGCUCAUAGUUCCGAGGAGGAGGAACACCACAACGAACAUCACGAUGAAGAGCAUCGCGACGCUCAGAAGCACUACGAAGUACAUCAUGUAUUAGUACACCCGCAUCAUGACGCAGCCCAAUAUCACUACGAUACAGAAAAUCAUGAUUUGAUACAUCACUUACACCCAGAAUUAGGCCUCCACGAUUUUGAACAUGAGAAAUUGAAUCCUUAUAACUCAAAACAUCACCAAAUAAUUAGUUACGAAGAUUUAGGGCAUCUGUUAACACAGCACGACUCGAGGGAAAAUGAAUUAGAAUAUAAUAGAGUAGAUGUCCCUCAUCAUCAUGUGAUAGGUCCUCAAGUAUGGGGAAAACACCAUGGACAGAAACAACACUAUGUAGUCGGCCAUCAAAAUGGAAACCUUUGGCAAUUAUUUCCUUCGAAAGUUGUGAACCCCGUUUCAAUUCACAGUGGAAUUCCUCAUUCUACACACGUAGGAUUAGAAAAUGUAUAUGAUCAAGGUCACAUCAAUGAAGAACCCUUUGUUGAACUUCACGCAUUGCAUCAUCAUGUCGACAUUCACCAUUAG